AAUGAUUUUGAUUGAUGUGUUUAAUCAAAUGUUGCAGGUGUCCAUAUGAAUCAUGCAAGAGUUGCUGUUCAAGGAAUCAAAAUCCCUGUCAAAUUCGCGAGUCUUUGUUAACCUAAACUCGAUUCGAGGAGGAGAGAAUUGUAGCUGAACAUAAAUAAGUUGUUGGCCAGCAAUUCUUCAAUUAUGGAUGAUACAAUAUAUACGUCAGACAAAUCUUCUGCUCCCUCGCUGAACCCUUCGCGGACGAUUUGUCAUGUAUGUCAGAAGCAAUUUUCACAGUACACUUGUCCUAGAUGCAAUUCACGAUACUGUUCUCUCCAUUGUUACAAAUCUCAUAGUCUCUGUUGUACGGAAUCCUUCAUGAGAGAAAAUGUAGUUCAGGAGCUUCAGCAGAUCCAGCCUGAUGAACAAACCAAACAUAAAAUGUUAGACAUACUGAAAAGAUUUCAUUCAGAAGAGGAAAUGGAUGAUAGCAUAGAUGACAAUGAGGAUUAUUCAACACUAUCUGAGGGCAUAGUGCAGAAAAUUUUGUCUGGGCAAGAAAUCAGUUUUGAUGACUUAUCUGUUGAAGAGAAGAAAAGAUUUCAAAGAGCUAUUGCCUCUGGUGAAUUGAGCAAGAUGAUCAAACCUUGGGAACCAUGGUGGUCAAAACUUUCUGCCAGAAAAAUCCGUCUUAGUAAGGAAGGAACUCAACUUGUUCAACCACUUGCAGAGGAGGAGCUGGAAGAUGAUAUUGAAAAUCAUGAUUCCUCCAAAAUUCCUCUUGGUCCGGAAACUACACUUCCUCCAGUAAGCCAGCUUAGUUCUAAGGAGCCGUCGCCCAUUUUAACGGUUCACCUAGUCGAUAUCUUAUAUAGCUACUGCUUCACUCUCCGCCUAUACAAUGGAGAUUGGAGGUCAGACCCGUUAGGAUCUGUUUUGGUUGUAUUCAGCGUGUCGUCAGUGUUGGGUCAAGGUGGUCUGCCAGAGACUGUACUGGAAGCUCUCUCUCAUUGCUUGCAACAGAUAUGCUCUCCGGCGUUCCGUCACAUGGGCGGGUUGCAAUUCGGUUUUGGUGUUAUUGAUGAUGUGAUCAGCCUGCUCGAAUUAGGAAGUUCUGCCUUGAUUUGUGCCCUCUGCGAUAUGCAUCGAUUGGUUCAAGAAGCGGGGAAGGUGGCCAAAUCAGAAAAGCCAAGAAAUUCAAGGAAAGAUGAGAUUAGAAGUACUAUUCGGCAUGCAGAAAGAAAGAUUUAUUUCAUCAUGUGUUGGGUUCAUGAACAGCCUCCGGAAGCGUGGUCUUCUUUAGCAGCCAUUGUAAGAACAGAAAAGGCAUCAGUCAUGGAAUCUCAGUGGAGUGGUAAAGGUCAAAAGUUAAACAACAAAGCAGAAACCAAAGGGAAAUGUUUAAUUGAAGAGAUUAAUGAUUAACCAGUUACUUAAUGCUUGUUUACAUGGCAGUUAUAAACAUGCUUUUAUAUAGAUAUCUGAGAAUGAUGCAUCCUGAAAACAAAUUUUCGAUACUUACAAUUUAGUAAAGAAAUUAGGUAGAUUAAUCAUACAUUAAGUCGUUAACUAGUAUAUCAUCAUAUAAUCUAUGGAACUAUGUAUGUUAUAUUGUUAUGUAUAUUGAAUAACUUUAUAUGCAUGCUAAUUUUAGUUAA